AUGGAAGAGUUUUUAUUAGAGGCAGAACCUAUUAUUAAUGAUUUAAAGGAAAUGGUUAAAGAUAUUGAAGAAAAAUUACGUGAUCUUAUUAGUUAUUAUGGUGAAGAUCCAAAUACGAUAAAAGCUGAAGAGUUCUUUGCUAUUAUAUCCAUGUUUACCAAUUCGUUUGAAAAAGCACAAAUUGAAAUUCAUGAGGCAAGAGAAAGAGCAUUGAAGAGACAAAAGCAGCAAGAAAUAAAAUUAUUAAAGGUAAAAUAA